AUGACACCAACGAGUCUUCUACCAAUUUUCGGAUUAUUUCUACGAAUAUUUGCCUCGAAUUUCUACGAUUCCGAUAUAUUUAGCGAUUGUUUUGGCGGGAAUGAAGGAUGGAUUCCGCUCGCCGGCGCGUGCAUUUUCCCGCUAACCCAUUUCGAGCGCAAUCAAUCAACCGCCCUACAAAUGUGUGGCGCCGUGAAUUAUAGCACAGGCUAUCGUGAAAUCAAUUGGCUUGCCGCUCGACGCCUUCAUGAUUCGCUUGGUGUGGAUCUGAGGAAAAUUUAUUGGACGGGCCUUCGAAUUGUCGACGUCGAGAAUCUCGGAAUUGAGACGACCGGUGCUAGUGCCGGCGUCGAUACCGCCCUACCACCAUAUACGUCAAUUUAUAAUCCAUUAUGGGCUCAAGGGCAGCCGCCAAAGGACCAAUCAAUGGAUGAGCUCAAAUCCGAAUGCAUUGCAAUUGAUAUGAGGAGCCGGCAAGACUUCGGCUGGCGAGUUGUUCCAUGCUCGACGAAUCUGCCAAUCAUCUGCCAAAAUUUCGCGUGCGUCAAACAUCAAUUCCGAUGCGCUGACAACAGCAAAUGCAUUCCGAGCGCGUUCGUCAACGACGGCGUCGAUGAUUGUCUCGACGGCUCCGACGAGCAAUCGGUCAAAAUUCGUCCGCGCGACGAGCUUGACGCGCCGAUUACGUUCACGAUGCCCGUGACGAUCGCAUCCGACGGCAAAUUGGUGCCCGAGACGAUUCGCUACGGUCGUGGAAGUUGCACACAUAAGUGGACGGUGAUAUCACCGAACCAACGCGAUUUCAUGAUAGCUGUGCGAUGGAUCAAUCCGGCGUCGCCGGCGAAAAUCAACGUCGAAGGGAAGACGGGUGAUGUGGUUCAUUUGGAUUCACGAAACUCAUCGGCAUUUCGAUUUCCGUCAUCGGCAUUCAUUGUGACUGCGUUUGGAACCGACACGAGAACCGCCGAAUUUGAGAUUUUCUAUCGGGAAGUUGGAGAUGAGAUUUGCCGAAUCAACGAUGACAAUUCCAUUGAAUUCGAUUCAACUAUUCAUUCGACGCCGUGCUCUUUUCAAUAUUCCUCGUCUAAACCUUUAGCUCUUCUGGUCCGAUCUUCCGAAGGUCUAGGUCGUCUCAACAGUCUUCUUCUUCUCCACUCAUCCAACACCACCAUUCCAAUCUACAAUUCUCCAAAUCAGAAGCUUUUCAUUCUCCCAUCGACGUCAUUCCAUUUAUUAAUCAAUUCAACGUGGCCUAUGCCAAAUCAAAAAUUAAAAGCGCAUAUCUACACGCUUCCCGACGACAUUUUCAUCGCCGCUCGACAAUUCUCGCUCGAUUUUCUGCCAUCGGCGAUUCGUCGCGAGAUUUCGAUUAAUAUUUUAAUCACCGAUGCGCAAGAAGGCGAUGUCAUCGAUGCAACAUGGGAUAUUGAACGAGUGGCGAUCACCCAGGAGGAUUAUGCCGAGUUAGUAUCAAUGAAUUCGACGCAUUUGAUAACGCGAGCGCCAACGAAUUUCAAGGCCAUCGGGCCGACGAGCCUUCGAAUCAGCCAAAUUAGUCCGCACUUCUCAUUGAAGGCGAGUUACGAGCAUGAUAUUGCCGUCGGGACGCCGAAUUUCCGCCCAUUGAAUGAUCCGACAACAAAUCAAGAAGUGCUGUGCAUUCUGCCGGAUGUUGUUCAUGGAUAUUCGCAAAAUGUUGAAUUUCCGCAGCAGAAAUGGGCAGAUGGAACGAUAUUGGAUUUGAAAAGCCAAGAGGGGUUUCAAUGCGCUUGUGAAUACCUGACAUGUACGAAUGGCACAUGGAAAUUGGUCGAUGGAACGUUGAUUCAAAACAACACGGUGUUCUGCAAUCCCAUCGAAUGCAGUCGGCAAACACCAUUGGAAAUCAAUUUCAAUUUGCAACCAAUUUCCGGUGCGAAUUUGACAAUUUAUGGCGCCAAAAGAGUGUACGAGCAAUGGCCAUAUUUGCAAAUCAAUCCAUUUUGCGUGUGCGAUGGAACUGAUAAGGCGAAUGGUGGCUGGAAGUGUUAUAGCACAAAAAUGGGCUUCGCUCAGGGAUGCGUGAGGCCGACAAUUAAUGAUGGCGAAUUUUAUAACUCGCUUGGCGAUGCGAAAAGCUUCUUCGGAGUUGGGGACUAUGGCGAAUUGAUUUGCUAUGAAUGCCCAAAUGCAAUCCAGAAAUAUGAAUGUACUGAUAAUGGGAUAUGGAGAGAUGAAGCUAAUAACAAUAAAACUGCUGCUACAAUUGUCUGCGAUUGUCAAUCAUUCCCUAACUUUGAUGAUCCUUGUCAGCCAUUGGGAAAGUACAUAUCUCUCGGUGGGACGUACUCAUGCGAUUGCUUAACUGGUUUCAAAUUUCGUGACGGCUCCUGCGUCGAUAUUGAUGAAUGUGCUGAAGGGAUUGAUCUAUGCGAUAGUUUCGCGGCUUGUUUUAACAUUGCUGGAAGCUAUAUAUGCGAUUGUGAGGACGGAAUGAUGUUAUACGACGGAACCGGUGUGUUCAAACAGAUUGACAGUCAAUUAAUCCCAGAGAGAAGCUGUGUCGAGCGAUUAUGUAAUAUCACUUCAAUCCAAGACCAACUUGACAAUCCGACAUUUGUUAUCAAGAAACCGCCGAUUCUCCGCGAGUUCUAUCGGCACCUCGAAACCACUCCGCCGUUCUACAUCGACAAUUUGUGCGGGCGCGAGGAGUUUGAGCCGUGCGUUGCACCGCUUCAAUUUCGCUGCGACACCGGCACAUUUUUCGCGUCGAAAAAGUUUGAGAGCCGUUGUCCCAACCUUCCCGAUUAUCUCGAUGUCGUGCCGGAUCCCUACGAUAGCAUUUUUCCGUACACAUUUUCGAUUGCGAGAGUCUCGUGUCGAGCGCCGAACGAAACGCUCAUCGGUCGUCCAUUGAUUUUUUGCAACGCCGCGACUUUAUGGGAUGUCAUUCCGAUAUGCGUCGUUGAGAGCUGCUCGGACCUUACCGACUUCAUCAAACCACCACUGAGAAUCGAGGCGAUCGUUGGGAAUCAGACAUUGCCUUGGCUCUACCAGAACACACUUCAAUUUAGUUGUGACGAUGGUUAUGUGAUUAGUGGGUCUUCAACAAUCACUUGCGACAAGUCCGAUGGUGAGCCCUAUUGGACAGCUCAUCCGCCGCAAUGUGUCGAGAAGAAGGAUGAUGUUGUCAUUGGGGAUACAAUUGUUUAUAGAGAAAUUGACAUUCUUCGACCCCCAUUUUCAUGGACAAAAACGGCCGAUUGGGAUUGGAGUCCAAAUAAUUGCCUAGUGCAUCGUUGGAGACAACCGAUCUCGUUUCUUGUCACGAGCUCGCCGAUCCGAUCCUCAUCCGAUGAAAUUGAACUUGUUCUUGACGUCGAACAAUGUUUGUCGCGAAUCGCGAUCGCGAUUCACUCAUCAGACGAUGCGCGUCAGCCGGUCAUCGGCGAGUUCACACAUGCGACAAGCACAUCGUCAACCGGAACACUGGUGUUGAAAUUAAGCGCGUUGCGAAAAUAUUUGUCGAUUUCGAUUUCGACGCAAGGCUUCGCCACGAUUUGCGCAAUUCGAAUUCGCGAAAAAAUGUGCAGAGAGAUUUCCAUUGACAACCUUCAUUUGAAUUCGUCGGCUCCCAUGAAAUUCCAUCAGAAUUUGAGAGCGAAUUGCGGCGGAAAUAUUAUACGCGUUUCUGGACGCUGUGAUCCGUCUCGUGGUUGGAUCCUUCAUAAUCCGAUGGGUGUAUGCGACACAGCGACUUCAGAAUCUUCACUUUGCACAUACAAUUCGUGUUCGAAUGGAAAAUGCGUCGAAACGGCUGGAUUUCAAACAUGCGAAUGCAAUACGAAUUUCAUUAGCUACGACGGAAAAAGAUGUGUGCCGAAUCAUUGCGCUUAUACGAUCGAUGCGUCGACGAAUAUGUACAAUUGCAAAACGGGUGAAGUCGAUGGCAACGUCACCUGUAAGCGGAAAAAUUUGUCUGGCGCAUUUUGCCAGUACUUGACUGAGCAUCCCGUCCAUCCGAACUACGCUUAUUAUCUUGAUUGGAACGAUGAGUUCAGUGUUGCCGUUUACGUCGACCUCUGCGCUAACUACACGUCAUCUUAUGCCAGCGAUGGUCUUGAAUGCGAUCCAGAGCCGCCGAGGCCGAAGCCGAUCAGCUAUUGUCAAGACGCGCAACCAAUUCCGUUUGGUUCGAGCUCGCACUAUUGCUCGGAGUUGGGAAGCGCGGCGCCGUGCACUGACAACAUUCCAUAUGAGGGCACAUCUAAAUGCAAUUGUUUGUUGGGCUUCUAUGGACGACUUUGCGAUGUCCAACCAACGUGCCUUUCUUUGGAAGGCGACUAUCUUUGCAAGAACGGCGGCACGUGUCAUCAAGGCGAAUGCGAGUGUCCGCCGGAUUUCAGUGGUCCCACUUGUGAGACCCAUCAGCCGGUGUUCUGCGACAAGGAUUGCCAUUACGGAACGUGUAAGCUGACGCGAAGCCAACAAGAGUACUGCAAUUGCUUCAGCAAUUACUUCAAAGAUGAUUCGGGCGUAUGUCAGAUCGCCGUGUCGGCAUGCGAUCUGAACAAUCCGUGCCAACAAAACGGCACGUGUCGCGCGAUAAAUGGCGUGUUCACUUGCGAAUGCGUCGACGGCUGGUCGGGCGCGUUCUGCGAAAUUCCGCCGCUGGUCGAAUGCGCGAAUUGUAAUGGCACGUGCUUCGACAGUUUCCCGACUGGCGGUGUAUGCCAGUGUUUCGAUGGUUUCAAGGGUCCCAAUUGCACCGAGCCGAUUGAUGAUUGCAAAUGGUCGCCGUGUCUCAAUAAUGGGACGUGCUCACUGUCGCCGGGAAGGCGGUACCAAUGCGAAUGUCCGUUGGGCUUCAAUGGUCCGAAUUGCGAAGUGACGUGCGCGAAUUUGAUUAGCUGCCGGAAUGGUGGAAGUUGUGGAUUCGACGACGAUGGAAACGCGAUUUGCAUUUGCACCGAUCAGUUCUUCGGACCGAAUUGUGAGGAAAAUUGCUCAAACAAUUGCACACGAUCCCAUGGAUGUCAUCAAUCAACUAACGGCACCCUAUUCUGCGAAUGCAUCGACGGAUUCUCGUCGCAAUUUUGCGAGCAUGUUGACGAUGUAUGCGAUGCGGGAAUUCUGAUUUGUCAGAAUAAUGCCACGUGCGUUUCAUCAAACAUGACAUGCAUGUGCACGUCGGAAUUUGAAGGCAGAUUCUGCGAGAUCAGCAAUGAUCGAUGCAUCACCGAUAGUGUUCAGUGCCAGAAUCGCGGAACGUGUUUCCAAGGCGAUUGCAUAUGUCCGCCGAAUUACACCGGCGCUUAUUGUGAAACGCACAUGAUAACAUGUGACGAUGUGAUAUGCUAUAAUGGUGGCGUUUGUGUUAACAGCACUUGCCAGUGUCCCCCAGCAACCUCGGGAGUGUUUUGCGAAGAGAUUGGACUGCCUUGCCAAAUUGAGAACCCUGACGGAACAUUCGCGGAGUAUUGUUUGAAUGGUGGCGUUUGCAGCUACACACCACAAGGUGCGAGUUGCGAUUGCGCCCAUACUGAAUACACCGGAAGGCGGUGCGAGAAGAAGGUCACCUAUAAUUUUAAUCUGGUCUUCAACGGAUUGCCGUAUGAGCCGCCGAUCGUCUCGACGACGUUCUCGAAUUCGACGAUUCGCGAAUUUUCGAUUUGCACGUUUGUCCAGUACAACUAUCCGAAUGAUCAGGAGGCGAUUCCGUCGCUAGCACCGUUCAUGUCGAUGCGAAACUACCCGGAAGCGGGUCCGCAGAUCGUUUUCGACAACUAUGGAUUCCGAAUAUGCGAUAAUCAAAAGAAUUGUGUUGACAGGAAGAACUCCGGUGAUUUCAAGAUCACGCUGAUCACACCGAACACGUGGCAUCACUUUUGUCUCGUGAGCCCGAGUGAAAAUGAUCGAACACCAACCUAUCAAGUCUACCUCGACGGUGUUCUUGUGGUCGAGCAGCUUGCCGAGAAAUUUGUGCCGAUUUCGAACGCCUAUUUGAUUUUGGCUCCGGCGGAUUUGGCGCCGAGCAAUCAUCUAUUCCAAGGGAUGAUCUCGAUGACGCAAUUGUUCCUAACGCGCCUUGAUGAUAGUCAAAUUGGGAAACUGGCAUUCGAUUGCUCAAAUAUUGUCAAUGAGGCUGACUUGAUUCCAUUCCUUCAUUGGGAUCGAAACUUCACGAGAGUGCUCGCAACGAAUCCCGGAGUCUAUAUGGAUCCGGCAGGUAUAUGCAAGAAUGUCAAGUGUAUGUUUGGAAGGCAGGUGAAGAAUAAUAAUUAUAAUUCGACUGGCACUUGCGAGCAGGAUCGAAUUCCGCCGAGCGUGUCAAGGUGCCCGAAGAGCAUCGCGUUGAUGACACCGCUUGAGUAUGCGAAUGUCACAUGGAACGAUGAGGACAUUGCGUUUUUCGAUAAUAUUGGAGUUGUGAAGAUUGUUAGCAAUUUUAACAAUGGCCAACAAUUUGGGGUCGGCACCACGAUGGUCCGAUACGUGGCGUUUGACGCGGCUGGCAAUACAGCCGAAUGCUCGUUCGAAAUUGUCGUCUUCCAAAAAAACUGCCCAGAAAAGCUUGCGGUCGAAAAUGGGAAUGUGCAAAUUCUCAACAAUGCCGGCCCGUUUGCCCCGCUGGCCGCGCGCGUCACUUGCAAUUCACAAAACUAUCCCAACUUUGGGUUCCCGCAUUUCUAUUCGUGCAAUUAUUUGGGCGAAUUUGACGUUGGCGAUUUCAUCAAUGCGACAUUCUUCCUACCGGCGUGUGGGACGACGAAGCUCGCGCAGCAGACGAUCAACGGCACGGUGGCGACGAGCGGCGAUUGUUCGGCGAACGUGAAAAAAUUGCGCCAAGUGCUUUGGACGUCGCUGAAUUGCGACACGACGGCGUGCGAUUUGCGGAUUCUCACCGGUUGCUCGCUUCAGCAGAGUCCGCAGGAGCCGAACACGCUGUCGGCGCUACAAUACACGCUGAGCACUUCGAAUGCGUCGCAGAAAAUUGAUGACGUGGCGAUGAAAGCGCUUGAGGAUAACUUUCAAAUUGUUCAGCAAGACUAUGCCGCCGAAUGUCCGCCGGAUUUCCCGAUCACGUUUAGCAAUGGCAAUCAGACGGUUUGCGUCGGCUGCCCGCCAGGAUCGUUCGCCGAUCUUGUCAACAAUGAAUGUAUUCCCUGUCCGGCAGAUCAAUUCCGAAACAAAUCGCAGGUCGAUCAAAUCGAAUGUCAAAAGUGUCCUUCCGGAUAUACGACUGGUCAAGUUAAAGGAGCGAUUGAUGUCUCGCAAUGUUACAGGUUCUGCGACCAAGGAUAUUAUGCUGGAGACGACAAUGAAUGCUAUCCAUGCCCGAUCGGCACAUUUGGAAGUGCGCCGGGAAUCCGCAAAUGCACUAGCUGCGAGUUUGAUCUGUCCACAAAUUCGGAGGCCUCGAAUUCGCAAUCGGCUUGUGUUAAAACGUGCCCGCCUGGACAGGAAAUGGUACGAACUAUUGAGAGGCCGACACCAUUCUGCCAAGAUUGUCGAAAUGGAUUCUACAAAGAGCUUCGUCGUGGUCCUUGCCUUCAAUGCCCGCGUGGAUUGAUCACCGAUGUUCCGAGCGGUGCGACGUCCAUCCAAAAUUGCAACGUUCUGAAUUGCAUCGACAUGAAUGUGAUGAGGAACGAGAACAUCACCGUCGGCCCAACGGUGCCAUUCAGCGAAUUGUGCAUCGCGUGCCAACAGGGUUCAUUCCAAAACGUCACCAACGCGAGCAAAUGUAUGCCGUGCUCGGAGCUGUCGAGCGAUGUACGCGAUAUUCCGGUGACAUGUCAGUCGACGUGCUCGCCGCAAGUUGAGCAAGCCGAUUGCCAAUGCGAGCUUCAACAAUCCGACACCAGAAGUCCGUCGAUUUUUCGCAAUUGCGCACCAAUUGUGCAGCCGUCGAAAAGCCGAAUAUCGGCGCUCGCCAUCGUUUUGCCAGUGGUGUUUGGUGUGCUUAUUUUGGUUGGCGCCAUAUUCGCCUACGCCUUCCGCAAACCAAUCAUCGCCUGGUGGCGAAAAUCGGAGGUCAGCGACGAUCAGCGCGUGUCGCCGGCGAUUCUUCAUUCCGAAUACACGAUGACACAUCUGCUGCCGAGCGAAUCCUAUAAACUUCCGCAACCGCCGCGGCCGAAUCUUCGAAUCGUCACCAAUCCGCGUGAGCUCGACGAGCUGCCGCCGAUUCCGCGCUCAAGUCCCAUCGUGCCUUCAAUCUCAUCCGAUGAUGUUGGCUCAAUUCGCUAUUUGAGCUCUUGUCGUCGAGAAUUGGAUCAAGAGUCGAGUAGUCUGGAUUCAUUCUUCUAA